AUGGUGGUCGGUGUGGCUGGAAUGCUAACUAGUGUGAUUGAAAUGGUGGCUGGUGCAAUGGUUGGCAUGACUAAAACGGCUUCGAGUGUGCUCGCAGCAUUAGCCGUUGCCGCAGCUACCAUCGAUGAGAGAUUGUUGGUGGGGAUCGAGAGGAACAAUGAGUGUGGUUUGAUAGGGAUGGCGAGUUAUAGAAGGAAAGGAACGAAUGAGCUUGUAGGAGAGGGAGACAACGAUGAUAAUUUUAGUGGUGGCUGGAUAAAAAAUUACCGAGUGAGGGAGGAGAAAGAAAAUAGAGAAAGAGGGGGCCGUCGGCAAAUUUAG